AUGGCCAAAAGUGGAAAGGCCCUGCCACAGGGCAACCCAGCACUGGUUCAGGAUCCCCACCUCAUCAAGGUGACAGUGAAGACACCCAAAGACAAGGAGGAUUUCUCAGUUACAGACACUUGUACCAUCCAGCAGCUGAAGGAAGAGAUAUCCCAGCGCUUUAAGGCCCACCCUGAUCAGCUGGUCCUAAUCUUUGCUGGCAAAAUCCUCAAGGACCCUGACUCGCUAGCACAGUGUGGAGUGCGAGAUGGCCUCACUGUCCACCUGGUCAUCAAGAUGCAGCGCCACGCCAUGGGCACUGAGUGCCCAGCUGCUUCAGUCCCUACCCCAGCCCCAAGCCCUGGAUCACUCCCUCAGCGAAGCUCCAUUAAUCUAGCAGAUGGGCCACAUACUUUUAGCUUAAGUGUCCUCACAGGUCUCAGUGGGCUGGACCUGGCCCCUGGCAGUUUCCCUGACCAGGCAAGCUCACUGAUGUGGCAGCAGGUAUCUGUGCCUGAGUUUGUGGCUCAGAUCAUUGACGACCCCUUCAUCCAGGGUCUGCUGUCCAACACAGGCCUGGUACGGCAGCUGGUUCUUGAUAAUCCCCAUAUGCAGCAGCUGAUCCAGCACAAUCCUGAGAUUGGGCAUAUUCUCAAUAACCCUGAAAUCAUGCGGCAGACACUGGAGUUUCUACGCAACCCUGCCAUGAUGCAAGAGAUGAUGCGUAGCCAGGACCGGGCGCUCAGUAACCUGGAGAGCAUCCCUGGUGGCUACAAUGUGCUUCGUACAAUGUACAGAGAUAUUAUGGACCCAAUGCUAAACGCAGUACAGGAGCAGUUUGGUGGCAAUCCCUUUGCUACUACCACUACUGCUAAUGCUACCACCAGCAGCAGACAACCUUCAAGGAUGGAGAAUUGUGACCCUCUUCCCAACCCCUGGGCUUCCACAUGUGAAGGCCCCGGUGGCAGGCAAGGCAGGCAGCCUGGGGACCAGGAUGUAUCAGAAAUUAGAAACAGGGUUCCUAACAUUCUGGGUAACAUACGGCUCUAUGACUACCUCCAGCAAUUAUAUGAGACCCCCCAGUCCCUGGGAACCUACCUGCAGGGGACUGCUUCCUCUCUCAACCCAAGCCAAGAACCACCACCACCAAGAAACCAAGUUCCCCCAGCUCCACCCUCAUCCCAGGAACCUAAGCCAGGCCAGACUCUCCCCAAGGAGUCAGUAACAAUCAAGGGAAAGUCUUCCUGCCCAGCAUUCCUGAGAUACCCCACAGAGAGCAGUACCAGACAAGAUGGAGGCCAAGAUGGUGCAGGGAACAACUCCACUGGCCACAACACCAGCAUGCCUGAUCUUGUCUCAGGGCUACUGGGUGCUGCCAACAGGGUCCCAUUUUUUCCUUCACCACCUUCCUCCAUGGCAACCACCUCUGGAAUCCCUGAGCAUGCCUGGCUGCCACCACCAGCUUAUCAAAGAUCUCUGAGGCCAGCCGGAAUGAAUCAGGCCCCACAGUUGCAGGAUGAGAUGCACCAGCAGCUGCCACUGCUGCUGCAUCUCCAGGCAGCCAUGGCAAACCCUCGUGCCAUGAAGGCCCUGCUACAAAUUGAGCAGGGUUUGCAGGUCCUGGCUACUGAAGCACCUCACCUCCUACUGUGGUUCAUGCCUUGCCUGGCAGGCCUGGGAAUUAUAGCAGGAGGUACAGAGCUUAGAGAGGGUGCCCUUAUGCCUGAGGUCCCUCCCUCAGCCACAGCUCCUGAGGUCCCCUCAGUACAGGACUCCAUGGAGCUAGGCUUCCAUUGUAUUCCCUUCCUUCAGACGUUGCAAGCCCUAGCUAGUGCCAAUCUCCAGCAGCUGCAGCCCGAGACUCACUUCCGAGUUCAGCUAGAGCAACUUCGAGCCAUGGGCUUUCUGAAUCCUGAAGCCAAUCUCCAGGCCCUCAUUGCCACGGGGGGCGACGUGGACGCUGCUGUGGAGAAGCUGAGGCAGUUGUAUCAGCCCUAG